ACGCUAAGCCCUUCUCGGGCUCACUGGGGCAAGCUCCCGGGAUGUGGGGACGUGAGAACAAGACCAGGGGUUUUAAGAUCCUGGGUCGCUGGACAGGGCUGGUGUGAGGGGACGUCCCGCAGGCAGCUGAGCCCUCGGGGCGCUGGGGGACCACCGCGCGGGGAGGCGGUCACGUCCUGCGCCGGCGGGCGGGGUGCGCGGGCACCGCAGUUAUUUCGGGACGCGCCGCGGUUUGCAGCACUUCCCGCCGCUCCACUUCCAGGGCUGUCCCUGGGCCCAGUUCUGGGGCGAAAAUGCCGGCCCUUCACAUCGAAGAUUUGCCAGAAAAGGAAAAGCUGAAGAUGGAAGUUGAGCAACUUCGCAAAGAAGUGAAGUUGCAGAGACAACAGGUGUCUAAAUGUUCUGAAGAAAUAAAGAAUUACAUUGAAGAACGUUCUGGAGAGGAUCCUCUGGUGAAAGGAAUUCCAGAAGACAAGAAUCCCUUUAAAGAAAAAGGCAGCUGUAUUAUUUCAUAAAUAACUCUGGGGAGAAACUUCGUCCUCAGUGGAAGAACUAGUUUGUUUUAGUUUUCCAGAAUAAAACUGACAUGCCUUUUAAAGAAAAAAAUAAACAACAAAAUUCAAAGGAGACUUUCUUCAGCACUUAUGUAGAUAUGGCUCUGUAUAAAAGCUAUGUGCUUCUCAUCUUCACUCACUACACACCUGUUUUAAGAGGGCAGAGUAUCAAAUGUACAGUUAUGGAAAUAAGGACAUUACUUCUGCAUGAUUCACCUCUUUCGGUAUAUUGCUUGAUGCCUCAAAUAAAGUUUUAUCUCUG